AAACCUCGUCUUCGAUUCUCACCUGAAAAAUCGCAAAACUCUCAGAUCUGCUAAUACAUCUAUACCGUUACGGUGACGAUCGAUCUCUCGAGAGCGAAAAAAAAUGGCGGCGGUGACACCAUUAGCGAAGUUCAAGCUUGUCUUCCUCGGAGAUCAAUCCGUCGGGAAGACCAGCAUCAUCACCCGUUUCAUGUACGACAAAUUCGAUACCACUUAUCAGGCAACUAUUGGGAUUGAUUUCUUGUCGAAGACAAUGUACCUUGAGGAUAGGACUCUUCGUCUCCAGCUAUGGGAUACUGCCGGGCAGGAAAGGUUUCGAAGUCUGAUACCAAGUUAUAUCAGAGAUUCCUCUGUUGCUGUCAUUGUCUAUGAUGUUGCUAACAGGCAGUCAUUCUUGAACACCUCGAAGUGGGUUGAGGAUGUUCGUACAGAGAGAGGUAACGAUGUCAUAAUUGUUCUGGUGGGCAACAAAACAGAUCUCGUUGACAAGAGGCAAGUGUCGAUAGAAGAAGGGGAUAACAAAGCUCGGGACUUUGGAGUGAUAUUCAUAGAGACGAGUGCUAAAGCAGGGUUUAACAUCAAGCCACUAUUCCGAAAGAUUUCAGCAGCAUUACCAGGAAUGGAUACACUUUCUUCAGCGAAACAAGGCGAUAUGGUUGAUGUCAACCUAAAGUCAUCCAACCAUUCGUCUCAAGCGGAGCAACAAAGUGGAGGCUGUUCCUGUUGAUUAAUUUUUAUUAAUUAUACUUUUAACAGCAACAGAGUAAGGAGGUUCUUAAAAAAAGAUUCAUAACUUGAUGGAGUAAAUAAACUCUGGUGUAAGGAAAGAUAAUUUUUACUUGGCAACUCUAGUAUU